AGGUCGCUACAAGCUACAAGGCUAAAUCCUUAACUUUCAAGCUUUCAAAUUACACCCUCUCCGAUUCUACGUGCUUGUAAUCAAUAUUUAAGGAUGUAAAUCCUCGGUGUCAAAUGCAACUAGUUCAUGAAAAAAAGACUAAUAUUAAUAUAAACAGAAAUGACUUCACGAUUAUUUGCUUUUAUUCAUAUACGCUAUCGAUUAUUAAAAUCUUUAAUUUAAUCUUUAGAUGCAUUAGAUAAUGAAAGCGAGAGAGAGAGAGAGAGAGAGAGAGAGAGAGAGAGAGCAUUGGUAAUCAUUGAUUAUAAUAUUCAUGAAUGUAUGCAGAUACGGGAAGUUUAAUACGUUCAGUAUAAAUCUUGAAAGUACAAUUUUUUUUCUGAUUAAUUAUCCAUCCCCUUUCAUUCUGAUAUUUUUUUUUUAUUUCCUAUAUUGUUUUCUUAACAUGUUAAAUUUUUCGGCUGGUCCGGGUUAGGACUAAUGAAUGAGUCCCCCCCCCCCCCCUUCUAAAACGAUGUUACGUGCUUAGCUGUUUAUCUCCCUCUCAAUCAAAAAUAAAAUAAAUACAUGCUAUAUAUACUGCAACAUCAUUGGAUUUACUGGAUAAUUCUUCGAUUUCACCUUCAUAAUGCAUGUUAAUGCAAACGGACUAUCUAGGCAUUUUCCCCCCAUCUUCGCUAGCCAAGAUUAUUCGUCCACGAAGGCACAGUUGACCCAAAACCCAUUGCUAGCGGAGAUGAAUUUUACCCCGUAUUAUGUUAUAACUGACCAAAACCUAGUACUUUUGUUUUACAACUUUCAUUUAGAAGACGCGCAAGUUUGUGAGUCACUGAAUAAACGAGAAAACGUCUGCAUUUUUAUUUCAAUCGUUGUCAACUCUAUACUUCGUGAUAUUUCAAGACUACAUGUACUCAAUUCAAUUUACUGGAUCGCAUAACCAUUAUGCAAUGGUAUACAAAAAUAUAAAGACAAAAAGCUGUUAUAUAUACAUUUAGUAAAUAAUACAUGCGUAUAAUAAAGUAUUUAUCAAGUUGAAAAAAAAAACGUGUUAUUAUUAAUGUGAAGUAUGGGCAUUCUAGGUAGGGUAGCACAUUUUAUUUUAUUAUUUUCUUAAUGAAAGUACGGAGUUUUCUAAAGGUUUGUUUAAAAGUAAAGAUAUUUUUAAUAUUUAUUUGUUUAGGUGAUAAAAAUUUGAUUCUUUGCUCACAUUGCUUCACAGUUGAGUACACAAUGAAAUUCAUCUCCAAUGUAAACAUGUACAUGUAUAUAGCUGACCUUAAUCACCUAUUCCUAAUUACAAUAAAAACCUUACGUUAAAAAAUAAACCAUUGCUUAUGGUACACAUGUUAUUUAUCAAAUUGAAAUUACUGGCAUGUGAUUGUCGUUGUUCAUGACCCUUCUUUUAUUUGGUGAAAUUGUGCUGCACGUGCCGUGAAACAAUGUACCGACGAGUGGUAGGAAUAACACAGGCGUUUAUAUACAGGAUGUCGAGAAUUUGGGCGUUUCAUAAAAAGGUGUGAACGUCUACAGGGAAGUCUACAUACGGAUAUGUACCGAAAACACCAACGUAUCAUUAAACAACAAUUACAAGAAUUUAAUGAUUAAUAGCUAAUUUUUAAAUAAUUAAUGGGGUGGGGGUAUGCAUGCUGGCCAAGCGAAAAGGUUUUUUGGGUGAAUCAUUUCGGAAAUUAUUUCUUUGUUUUAUCACACGGAGGUACACUUUGGCAUCGACGGAGGUACAGGUGACAUCCACGGAGAUGCGCGGUGGCAUCCACGGAGAUCCUCCGUGGACUUCAAUGUCUAGCUCGCGCGAAAAAAAUAGGACUUCAAAGGUGCCGAUAAUUUUAAAGGUCCACCGUGUUUGGGGCAAAUUUGUUCCACCGCGUUGCGUGGAACACGCAUAAAACUCGUGUCGUGUACUGUAUAGUCAAAAACAGCGUGCCAAAACAGUGGAGCCAAAUUCGUCUAAGGAUAAGAGCUAUGCAUGAGGGAGAUAAUCCUUAAUUUUGAAAUGAAUUUCUAAAUUUUAUAACAGCAAUUAAAUGUACACACACACACACACACACACACACACACACACACACACACACACACACACACACAUAUAUAUAAUGUAGGCUUAUUUCAUUAUUACCGAUUACGGGGAUCGAACCCAGGUCGCAGCGAUGAGAAGCAAGAUCGUCCCCUCUGUGCUACCGGGACACGUUCGAUUAUUACUCUUUGCAAAAAUAGUGGGCUGUCUGUACUAGACCUGACCGUUCUACUGGCGAUAUAAUUGCACGGCGAGACAUAUUGUCACGGUUGGAGAACUGUACUAUUUAAAAUCAUAUGAAAAUACUCAUCCGGGACGUAGUACAAAAACCACCGAAUACUGAAUGAUGAUAUUUUGACGAAUUCUUACAGGGAUGUUAAGUUUUAUAAGCAUAACUAGCGUUUAUCAUUUGGCCUAUUGACAACACACUUUAUAUAUAAAGCUAUAGCAAUUGAUCUGGAGUCGAAUGGGGAUUCCCAUGACUCAUAAAACGAAAAAAAGAUCGUUUACCUGAAUUCUAAUUGCAUAUGCAUAACUAACUAUAAUAAACGUUGACAUAAUCUAUGCAGACUUCAUAUUAAAUCUAAACAACUUGAAAGCAACACACUUGCAAUUUUGAUGUUGGAAGCAUCCCAAUAUCACUUUAAGUAAUUUAUUUAGAAGGUCCAGACUUCAAUAAAUAUGAUUUUGCAAUUUCUCACAAUGAUGAUCGUUGCCAGUGUAUGCCUUUUAGAUGUUAAAGUAAGAUUCAUAAGUUUUAUAGUUUGCUAUAACUACGAAAUACCAUAUUAUCCAAUUACCAUUUUAUGUGCAUUAAUUGAUAAACUUUAACCCACUGUAAUAAAAUAUUAUUAAUGGCAACGAUGAUGAUGACAGUGAUGGAAUGAUGAUGCUACUGCUGCUGAAACUUGUGGUAGUAAUUGAUAUUAAAGUGUUGGAAUAUUUUAAGAAAUAUGCAAUAGGAGAGGAAUGUAUAGAGUCCAACUUAACAGCAGAGAUUGUCCAAGGUUGUCCCAAAACAUCUGCAGAGUGGGCGACUGCGGCAUCAAAGAAAGCUUGUAGUCACAUCAAAAACAACUGUGGGUCAUUCGAGUACCACUGUGUGACUAAUGCAUGGCAGAAUGAAACAAUAGAAGUCUGUUCAAAAGUGAUCAAUAUUGUAGGAAAAGUGUGUGCAGAAUACAGUUUUGGUGGACGUAGAAUCCAGCGGAAUAGGGAUGCAAAGUGUGCUACGUGUCCUGAUGUUUAUCUAUCAAAUGAGAGUUACAAAUAUUCAGAAUGUUAUAGCCAAGCUUAUCAACGUCGAAAGACAGUUAAACCUAAUAUCAUCACGUCGUCCUGCAUAUAUACGACAAAUGAGGGUAAAUCUACAACAUCGUCAACAUUGCUUGUCCACAUCCAGGCAGUGCCGACGUUAGAGUCACAGCUCGCCCAUAACAUUAACCAUACGAACGCAGAAAAUCAAAAGCAGGAGGCAACCUCCGAAAAUACGGUUCUUCUUGUUGUGAUCAUACCCUUAGCAAUAGCAGUUUUCAUCUUUUGUCUGAUAUUCCUUGUAUGCAGAGUUUGUAAAGAUCGACACUUUUGUUCCUUGAAAGGUAUUUUUUCAUCCCUGUUUAAGACAAAAUACGAAUCAAAGACACCACGGCAGACUGACACCAAUGACGAAGACAAUGGAGAGAAAGUUGAAGACGUGGGGUUCACGGAAGAACAUCCAUUGGCAGUAGAUAUACGAGUAGUUUGAGAUGAUGAUAGUAAAGGAUGCGUAUGUUGACUGAAUAAUGGGAUAUCAAAAUUAACUGAUUAAUGGCAGCUUAAAAUUGAUUGACUAAUGGCAAACUGAGAUUGACUGAUUAAUGGCAGAUUGAAAUCGACAAUGAAGAAGAAAUUGAAAGAUCGUGCACCACAUUGAGGAUGAGCAAUACAAUACUGACUGGAAAUCGACUUAUUGAAAUUGACUGACUAAUGACAUUAAAAUACUUUAAAAUAUCAAACUUGAUAGGGUCCGAUUGACUAAUUAAUUCGAGAUUGGCCAUAUUGACAAAUAUGAGUUUUGGAUUGACUAACUGAUGUCACAUUAAUGUUAGAUAGGUUUAGUGACUGAGGUUAAUGAUUGACUGAGUGAUGUUAGAGAUUGACUGAGUGAUAUUAGAUAGAGAUUGACUGAGUGAUGUUAGAGAUUGCCUGAGUGACGUUAGAUAAAGAUUGACUGAGUUAUGCUAGAUAUUGCCUGACUCAUUUUAGUUGUAGUUUUUAAUGAGUGAUAGUGAUAGUGUAUCAAUGGCAAGUUGAGAAUUUGACUGAUAGCAGCUAUAUUUCAUGUCAUUGCAGUUUUAGUCUUUACCUGUUUCCAAUUAUCUAUUUUAUUACUAUGUUCAUUUAUUUUGCUCUUUAACGUGAACCAAUAUACCAGUGACAAAUGUUGUUACCGGUACAAUAAAUGAAACGGAAAUUGAAA